AUGGCAACGGCACUGCUGGCUUCAUCUGUUGCUGUGUGGGGUGCGUCGUCUGUAGUGGCGGAGGUGAAUUCGAUGGUAAAGAAGGGGAAAAGGAGAUUUGCGGUGGGGUUGGCGUGGUUUCUUGCGGGAUUGGGACCGGAAUCAAGGCAGGGUUCGCUGUCAGAUGCGGAUGUGGAUGUAGUUGCAGGCGCUUAUGCCGAUGUAGGUAGAGGUGCCGAUUUGGUGGUAAGUGUGGGGAUUGCAGCGUGUUGGGCGUGCGAGAAUGCAUCAUGCGAGAAACCAUGGGGCUUUAUCCGGGGCUGGAUCAGGGAGGAAGGAAAUCUGGAAGAAGAGACACAGGCACAGACUGGGCCCACGGCUGUUUGA